AUGGCCCCUGGACAGGCUCCCGAGCCUGCCGACAAUGACCCCAGGUCGAGGUCGCAACCCGGCCAGGUCCGGUUUUCCACGAUAACUGAGGAAAUCGAGCCUUCGGACCGCUCGGUACCUCCCAAAGCCCCCGGCGAUGAACCGAUCAAGAAUCAGAACCAAGAGGAGGAUCUCCGGUCACUGGCUGCAAGCCUUCAAAAGUCCCAAUUGCAGGAGACUCGGUUGCGACAGUUCUCGUAUGACCCGAUUUCACUUCCUUCCUCAAGGGUUGCGUCUCGAGAGUCGAGCGAUCGUAGUGGACGCGAAGUCAAUGGAUCCGGUCUGCCGUCUCCCCGCGGUUCUCCAACGGUGUCCGCCAUGCAGUCUCCCCCGCUUACUCCGGCGGCGACUCAUUCACGUGAAGCCAAGUCUACUGAUACGUCUUCGACGUCGAAUGCAACCGACAGAGUGCCGGGACAGUCCGCCGCAAUGACUCCAACCACUUCCCCGCCGACAAGUGCGACCCUGAAGAACAAAGCUUCCCAGAGUGCCCCCUCCUCGCGGCCUUCUUCGACCGAUCAACUAUCGAAACAGAAUGAUGUUGCUCAAACGUCAUCUCAUCCGCAAAAUGGUGCCAGACACCGAGCGCAGUUCUUCAUUGGCCCCACCGCCGAUGCCAGCUCGCAGGACGAAAGUCCUCCGCUGACUCCGAGGGCCGAUCCAGAGAGUUAUACCCCUCCAGGUGCCAUUACGCCGGUCGGAGAGCCAAACGAUCCAUAUGCCCGCAGUAAGCGGCCUCCACAGCCAAAGAACCUUGCCCAGCUUGACCAACGAUUCAUCUUCGGCGGCCGGGACUCGAAACGUCGCACGAACACCUCAUCUUCUUUCACACGCCCCAUGUCUCCGCGGUCCGCCAGCGCAAGUGAUCUCAGGUCGUCCGAAAAGCGUAGCGGCUUUUUCGGUAGCAAGAAAGAAGCACGGGCGCAGGAACCGGAAGGCAAGCCCCACGGUCAUAUGUCGGAGCUUAAGCGCUUUUUCAAAAGGAACCAUAAUAAACACAAACGUGGAGACUCACCCUCAUCGAUCCCCUUCAAGAAGUCGAGUCGAUCAUCUGGGAAAGGCGGGCCUUUUCACGCAUCGGACAGUGUUCCAUUCGCUGAUGACCAUGGACUCAAUUCAAAGUACGGGAAGCUAGGGAAGGUCCUGGGUUCGGGAGCCGGCGGAUCCGUGAGGCUGCUGAAGCGUAACAGCGACGGUGUCACUUUUGCCGUCAAACAGUUCCGGGAUCGUCACUCAUGGGAAACCCUGAAGGAAUAUUCCAAAAAGGUCACGGCCGAAUUCUGCAUCGGCUCAACCCUCCAUCAUGGCAAUAUUAUCGAGACACUAGACAUCAUUCAAGAGGGCAGCCAUUGGUAUGAGGUCAUGGAGUACGCCCCCUUUGAUCUGUUUGCCAUCGUCAUGACCGGGAAGAUGGUCAAGGAUGAGAUUGCCUGCGCAUUCAAGCAGAUUCUCAGCGGAGUGGCCUACUUGCAUGGGAUGGGCCUGGCACACCGGGACUUGAAGUUGGACAAUGUGGUGGUCAAUGAACAUGGCAUUAUGAAGCUCAUUGACUUUGGAAGUGCCGUUGUUUUCCGGUAUCCUUUCGAAAAUGACAUUGUCCCUGCUUCCGGUAUUGUCGGCUCUGAUCCCUAUCUGGCUCCGGAGGUCUACGAUGAGAAAAAGUACGAUCCACGCCCUACUGAUGUCUGGUCAUUGGCCAUCAUCUUCUGCUGUAUGACACUGCGCCGAUUCCCUUGGAAGCAACCCCGCGUCAGCGACAAUUCUUACCGACUCUUCGUCUCCCCGCCGACUCCCGGUACUCCUGUCCCAGAUGCAGACCCCAAACGUCACCGGAUCAAGUCAUCUCCCGAUCUCCCUUCGGCUGUCCACGAGGAAAAGGCGCCGCAGCCGAUAGAUACAAGAAAGGGUCCGAUCGAGCAGCCCGUGCAGGCCAAUGGAGCUCCGUCAGGCACCACUGGUGGGGAGGAAAACCGUCCACCGGAGAGUCCCCAGGAACGAACGCCCACUAACAAGACCACCGCGGACGACAAGAAUGCCCCCACCCACAAAGCGAGCCGCACCACAAGCAAGGAAGCCCCUCCGCUUCCAGCGUCAGCGCAGCCUUCGGGUCAACGCCAAGAAGUUAUCAAGGGCCCCUGGAGGCUUUUGCGGCUUCUGCCGCGCGAGAGUCGAUAUAUCAUCGGACGCAUGCUCAAGGUGAGCGUCAAGGAGCGGGCCACCCUUGAUGACGUCCUGACCGAUGAAUGGGUCCGCAACAUCAAGGCGUGCCAGCAGGAGCUUUCGGGCGAGGUUAUCCGAGCUCCUGGCCACACGCAUGUCCUCGAACCCCCGUCAGCCAGUGUGCCGUCCGGUGCCAUUGCCGGCCUCACAGUUGAUUGCUCCCUCUACCCCCUCGACACGAUCAAAACCCGCCUCCAGAAAGCCCGCACCCAAGGCCCGUCGGUGGUCGCUCCGAGCCUCUCCCUCCGACAAACCAUCCGCGGCAUCUACGCCGGUCUUCCCUCCGUCCUCUUCGGCUCCGCCCCGUCCGCCGCCUCCUUCUUCAUCGUCUACGAUGGCGUGAAACGGACGCUUCUCCCUUCCACCCCCUCCGACACCCCAUCUCGCUCCCACAUCAUCCUCACCCACUCCCUUGCCUCGUCCAUGGGCGAGGUCGCCGCCUGCGCCGUCCGCGUGCCCACCGAGGUCGUCAAGCAGCGCGCCCAGGCCGGUCUUUUCGGCGGAUCGAGCCUGCUCGCCCUCAAGGACAUCCUCGCGCUGCGCCAUCCCGACCCCGCCACCGGCGCGACGCGCGGCUAUGGCCAGGUCCUCCGAGAACUCUACCGGGGUGCAGGCAUCACCAUUGCCCGGGAGAUCCCGUUCACGGUCCUCCAGUUCACCAUGUGGGAGUCCAUGAAGGAGGCGUAUGCCAAGCGCAUGCAGGAUGGCUAUGCGGGGGUUAUCCCCGCCUCGACCAGUGCUAUGUUUGGUAGUGUGGCGGGUGCAAUCUCGGCGGGGUUGACGACGCCGCUGGAUGUGAUUAAGACGCGGGUCAUGCUGGCUCGGAGGGCGGAUGGAGCUGGGGUGCGGAUCCGCGAUGUGGUGCAGGAGAUCUCGAAGGAGGGCUUUGGGGCUUUCUGGCGGGGCAUUGGCCCGCGUGUGGCUUGGAUUGGGAUCGGGGGUGCGGUGUUUUUGGGGAGUUAUCACGAUCGUCGCUUCUGCCUCCGCAUCGUCGCUUCACCUCCGCAUUUCCUCUGCCCACUGCAUCAAUCCCCCUCCCGCUGCAUGGCCCGAAAACUCAGCCACCAGAGGGUCACCUAUGUGCUCCCUCUGCCAGAUGCGCCUGGUGGACAUAGGCUGGGCGUGAACGGUCUGACCGUCGACACGGACAAUUCCAUCCUGUAUUCGGCAGGUCGCGAUGGUGUCGUCUGCUCCUGGGACCUCAACCUCCCCCUCUCGGGCGCAUCGUCGUCCAAAUCUAGUUCGACCACGUUUAGGAACCAAGUCCAGGCGCACAGUCAUUGGAUCAACGACAUUGUCCUGACCAAGAACAAUACGGCGCUCGUUUCCGCCUCUUCCGAUACCACCGUACGCUUAUGGCGACCGCACUCGGAAUCCACCGAGGUUCCGAACCCCAUCGGAAAACACGCGGACUACGUGAAGGCCUUGGCCACGCCCGGAAAUCACUCCUCCUGGGUCGCGUCGGGCGGGUUGGAUCACAAGCUCUAUCUGUGGGACCUGAAUGGCGGCGGGGAGAUCCUGGGUAUUGAUGCCUGCGGGGAGGACCGCACGGCCAAGGGCUCGGUCUACGCCUUGGGGGCGGUAUCCUCUGUCCUUGCCAGCGGUGGGCCGGAGAGUGUGGUCAGGGUGUGGGAUCCAAAAUCCGGAAAGCAGAUUACCAAGUUCGUGGGUCACACCGACAACAUUCGAGAUAUCCUCAUCAACCAGGAUGGCGAUACCAUCAUGACCGCGUCGUCCGACCAGACGGUCAAGGUGUGGUCACUGACGGCAGGGCGAUGCAUGCAUACCCUGACGAUGCAUAACGAUAGUGUUUGGUCGCUUUAUUCGAAUCAUCCACAGCUGUCCGUCUUCUACUCGAGCGAUCGGUCCGGGGUGGUCGCCAAGACCGACACGAGACAUUCUCCGGACAUUGAGCAAGGCGUCUGCGUCGCCGCACUGCAGGAGCACGAGGGAGUAAUCAACGUCGUGGCGGCGGGAGAUUACAUCUGGACGGCAACCCCGAAGUCCAGUAUCAAUCGUUGGCGGGAUGUCGAUACCACAGCCGAGAUCGAGUCGCCAUCUUCGGGAGAACGAAACGGCAAAAAGUCCAGUGCUGAUUCCUCAGCGAAAGGGGCGCGGAAGAAGAUCCCGUACGAAUCGGUGCUGCUGCUCUCGAACACAUCCACAUUCCCGAAAUCGAGAGUUCCUCCCGACGCCGCGCCGGGCUCAAUAUCACAUGCACCAGGGCCGCCUUCGGGGUCCGAUAUGGAGGAUGAACUGGGACUGACAGUGCCUGUUCAGUCCUUGCCCGAAGAGACAAUAGAAGGCCAGCAUGGGUUGAUCAAGCACCUGAUGCUGAAUGACCGCAAACGUACUUUGACCCAGGAUUCCGCGGGCGAGGUUGUCUUAUGGGACCUCCUCAAGUGUAAACCUAUCCAGUCCUAUGGCAAGCGGCAUAUAGACGAUGUCGCAUCGGAGAUUAAUACGAAUGAGACCAUCGCUCACUGGUGUACGAUUGAUAUUCGCACGGGAAGGCUAUCAGUGAUCUUGGAACCAGGCCGCUGUUUUGACGCUGAGAUAUACGCCGACGAAACCGAGCUAGACGACUAUUCCCAGUUCCGCGACGACCAGAGAAUCAACCUAGGAAAAUGGAUUUUGCGCUGGCUGUUUGCGCCGCUGGUGGAGGAACAUGUCCAACGCGAUGCCCAGUAUCGCGCCCUGGCCAUGGCAAAGGCGGAGGAACUUGCGAAGCUGACCACAACCGGCGCCUCUGCACCAAUGGAUAUACCAUCCAAAGAUGGAGCCAGACGGCCGCUGGGCUUGCAGACGCAUUUAGAUGCCUCGUUCGCAACCUUCCGGUCAGGAUACGACUCCCUGGGUAGCCCUGCGACGCCUGGAUUUGGGAUUGGCUACGCAACGAGCCCCGGCGGUCUAGGGUCACCGGGCAUUCCUCAUAGCUUCAACAACAACAGUUACUUUGGGACCUCCAUCGGCGAGGCAUCCGACAUUCUGACGUCACAGCAAAACCCGGAUGUCACUCGAACGUCGUUGUCGGACCGGUCGAGCGAUUAUUUCUCCUCGUCAUCAAAGCCUCACGGUCUGGCUCCGAUAGACACAGACAAGGCUCCACCGACGCCGGGAGAGCCGACUCCCACGGCCCUGCCUCAAUCACCGGCCGAGCCCGACAAGGAAGAGCGGAAGAGGGGCGCCUCCAUCUUUGGCAAGAAGUUCCGGAUGGACUUUCCCAAGAAACUGGGCCGGUCGUCCUCGGAGGUCAAGCCCCAGAUUCAGGAAGAGAAGGUGGAGGAAUCGGACCUCUCCUCCGUCAAGGAAGAGAAAGUGUUUGAGACCAAUCUCAGCGGCUUUAUCGAGCGAACCCGGCAUGAGUACGAGGAAUGGCUGGCAGCCAACCCGGGCCAGGAGCUGCUAUCGGCGUUCGCUCCCAGUCCCGAUAGCGAAACGCCCGCGUUGCAGAUACCGGCCCGCACUGGCGUUUUCAUCCAAGAGGAGUCUGGCGACACUGCGGUGGCAUCUGAUCUGUACCGGGGUACGGUGGGUCAGAUUAGCCAGGAGAUCGAUAAGCUGGAGAAGUCGAUUCCGCUGUGGCUUGCUGAUUUGCUGCUUAAGAACCAAAUGCCUAUCAAAGAACCCGUCAAGAUCGCCUUUACGCUGAAACCCUACGACGAUCUUCUCCCGCCUGUUGUCAAGCCCGAGCCGGCUACCAGUGCGAAUACUACGAACAACAACCGGCUCAAUGCCAACCGCAUGCUUCGAGCCAAGAAGAUCCUUGCCUACGUGGCGGAGCGGAUUGAUCCGCCUAAUCCCGACGAGCCCGAAGAGAAUGCGAUGAAGCCGGAAGAGUACUUGGAGCUGUACUGUCACAAGAUGUUGAUACCACCGAACAUGACCCUGGCGACGAUCCGGACGCACAUCUGGCGAUCCUCGGGGGAUAUGCUUCUGCACUACAAGGCAAACGGCAAGAAGGAGAUCCGAGUGGGACGAGACGGGGAGCGAGCCCCCCAUGAGCUCGGGUCGAGUCGGUUUCUGGAUCCCGGCAGCGCCGCCAACGGAGAGGGCGGAGUCGCAGCCCCGGGGAGCAUCCAUUCGUUGACCGCGUCGGGAUCUGGUGCAGCCUCGAUCAGCAAUUCUUGA